UAGCGAGUUGGCUGAUGAGUUUAGAGACCAUGCACGUUCGACAUGACCGCCCCUCAUACUCUUUGCCGACCGUGUCCACUUCCAUCCACCUUCGUGCUCUCCCAGCUGUCGUUCUCGACAGAUGCCAGAGGCAGCAGCUUUCUCGCAAUUGCCCAACGUGCCUCCUACAUUGUAGACUCUCCGUCCAAGGAUGGCGCACUGGAAGAGAAACCGUUAGUCUGGCUUGUGGAGCACAUACUUCUAGGCUGGCUACUCAUCCGCAUUCCUAUCAACUGAUAUUUGCUGACGCGCGCUUCAUCGACUGAAUCCAUGUUUACUUGGUGUAUCAGAUCUGCAACCAGACCUUCGCAUUGCGAUGAGUACCACGAAGCGCUGUGCUCCGCUAGUCGUCCCACGCGAGCUGCCAUAUUUGGGUGUCUGAGUUCAAGUCUCUCUCCCCCGGUUGGCAAUGUUGACUGGCACAUACAUGCAUUCCCUUCACGAUGCAUUUGGCCCCAUUUAUACUACGCUACCACGACCUCAUUGGCCUCGUAGGAAAGCCGAUUGCUUUGCCUUUGAGGAGCUAUAUCCGGCUAAGCUUCGGGGUUCUCACCGAC